AUGGCAGACCAUUUCGGGGUGAUGGCAGGCCGAUUGCUCACGGAGUCAAGUCUUCAGUCCGCCAUUGAUGAGGCCUCUGUCGUGCCCUCUACCACAUCGACUGCGUGCGAUGUGUCUGUCCAAGAUGGCAGGCCAGCGAGCGGCGUCUUGGUAGAAUGCAGAAUCUGCCAGGAGGAUGACGACGAGGCCUGCAUGGAGGCUGCUUGCUCCUGCAAGGGAAGCUUGAAGCAAUUUGUACCAAAUUACACUGCAUCUUCAAAGCUGUUUCAACGAGGAAGAAACACGAUUUUCUUCAGUGCUCCUGGCUACAUUCAAGCACGACCAAUGCUGAAUGCAGAUCAUUCUGCUACAUCAACAAACUAUGGAUAUGAUCAAACUCCAGCUCCUACCGGCGUAUUAUGUUGUCGCAUAAUCGCUAUAACUUUGAUGGCUCUCCUGGUCUUCCGCGACUCCCUCUCGGUUUUCCUCGGUGACCAAGAUGCCUACACCGUUGCAAUGGUCACUCUGCUGAUGCUUAGAACCGCGGCGAUCGUCAUACCGGUCUACAUCAUAUUGGUGGCGGUUACUGAGCUGCUUCAUCGAUGCAGGCAACGGCAGGAGCCUCUGGCUCCGGCGACGGCUCCCGCGAAGCACCUGGCCGGGGUCCGCCUGGACGCCCACGGGGUGGAGGUCGAGGAGCUUACGGCGGCCAAGGGUGUCACACUGAGCGACGUGGCGGAGAGGAGGGGGAAGCUGUGGCUGGGCUCCGUGGAGCUCGAGUACAUCGGCCUCGUUGCUUGA